AUGAACGGUGAGGAUGCUAUCCGUGCGGUUGACUCGCUGUUUGCUUCUGUAAAGAAUGCCGAUAUUCGUCAAAAAUUGGGAAAACCCCAUACCAAUGCCGGCGAGAUCUUACCCGCUGGAGUGGACUCUCUGAUUAACUCAAUUGGGGACAUCGACGACCAAGAUAUUUUUCUGGAUGUUGGAUGUGGGCUUGGUAACGUGUUGGUGCAAUUUGCGUUGCAGACAUUGGUGUCGAAGUGCUAUGGCAUCGAGGUGAGAGAAGAGGUGUUGAUUCACGGAUUGCAGCUAAUGGAUGAGACACCGUCACUUCGUGAUUAUUGCGGAAAGGUUGCAAUAGUGUGUGCAGAGGCCAGUACCAUACAGCUGGCAUUUGAGCGACCUUACCUCACUUCGAAAAGACAGGGCCUGUCGCAGUAG